CGUCAACGUAUAACCCGGACCAGCUCGGUUUGCGUUUAUUAUUUGUUGGAAUGAGGAUUAAUUACAAUGACAAUGUUAGCUUGACUGGCUAUAUGCCGACGAAAGACGCUUGUUUGUGUUAAAUGUGUGUGAUAAAAUGUCCUUACAUAAUCUCUCAGACUCUGCUCGGCCACCUUGGUUGAGGAGAUCGCUUUUACGUGUUUGCUGUGAACCUCUGUGAUUAUUUCUAGCCGACAUUUGCAGCUCAUUAUAUGUAAUUAGAGAAGGGAGCGCUGGUGACCAUGGAGCUAAAGCAGCAGCCAGGAAAGACCUGAUCAUCGUUUGGACACCUCUAAUAUAACCUUGUUGUCCAUGUGAGGACACAGAGACUGGAGACAGUUUCAGAGUGGACCCAGAACUACUGAACAAGAUGCUGAUUUGUGUCAGAUUCCAGUUUCAGGCAGCAGAAAAACAAAAGAUCCACGACUGAUUCAUACACGACUGAUUCAUUGAUCCAUUAGAACUUGUGAAGGUUGAAGACAAGGAUUGUGAAAAAGUGAAUCCCAGGUGGAGCGAUGAUGACUGAGAUGAUGAAGGUUGAAGCAGAUGAGCCAGGAGGGUUCAGCUUGGAGCCCCCUGUACCUGCAGGACCGACAUCAGAUCUGGAGGAAACACAAGACAACAAAGAUCUCAUUCGUCAGAUGUUGGUGAUUAAAGAGGUUUCCCAUGCCUGGACCUCCAGUUUGGACUCGGAGGACCCAGAGCCCCUCCACAUAAAGGAGGAAGAAGAGGAGCAGUGGAUCAGUCAGGAGGAAGAGCAGCUUACUGUGAAGAUGGAAGAUGAAGGGAAACUUCAGUUAUCAGAGCGUCAGCAAAUCAAAACUGAAGACAACAGAGCAACAGAGACUUCGCCCUCCUGUUCAGUUGGACAGAUGGAAAAAGAACCUGAUAGAGAGGACUGUGGAAGACCAGAACCAGACAUGAACCUGGACCCAGCAUGUUCUUCUCGAAAGAACAAGAUGGCAAUUCACAGAAGAGUGCUCCCACUCUAUCAGAUGUUGGUGAUUAAAGAGGUCCCUCAUGACUGGAAUCCUAGUUUGGACCAGCAGGACCCAGAUCCCCACAUAAAAGAGGAAGAUGAGGAACUGUCGAUCAGUGAGGAAGAAGAACAGCUUGCUGUGAAGAUUGAAGAUGAAGAGAAACCUCAGUUAUCAGAGUGUCAGCAAAUCAAAAUUGAAGACAAGAUGGAGAUGGAGGCUUUAACCACUUGUCCAGUUGCACAGAUGAAAACAGAACGUGAUGGAGAAGAAUGUGCAGGACCAGAACCAGACAGGAUUGCAUAUUCAGAAGACUCUUCUCAAGAAAGUAAAAUGACUGUUCACAGUAAAGGUAAAGGAACUGGAAAGUACCAUCUUCAUACACAUAGACAACUCCACACUGGAGAGAAACCAUUUGUUUGUAGUUAUUGUGGUAAAGGGUUUCAUGCAAAGAACUUUCUCAAGACUCACGAGAAGACCCAUUCAGAAGAAAACCCCUUUUCCUGUGACGUUUGUGGUAGAAAAUUUGAUCGAAAGAGUAGUAUCAAACAGCACAUGCAGAGCCACACUUCAGAAAAAACAUUUGUUUGUAGUGUUUGCGACAGAGGAUUUUCACAAGAAAAUUUUCUGGAAAAGCACAUGCAUGUUCACGCUGCACAUAAACCGUUUACUUGUAGUUUUUGCGGUAAAGGUUUUUCCCAACAAAAUACUCUAUUGAAUCACUUAUGUAUUCACACAGGAGAGAAACCAUUUAUUUGUAGUGUUUGCAGUAAAGGAUUUUCCCUAGAAACUGUACUAAAAAGGCACAUGCUUAUACACACGGGUGAGAAACCGUUUAUUUGUAGCGUUUGUUGUAAAGGAUUUUCACGACAAGAGAAUUUAAAGAGCCACAUGCGUGUUCACACUGGAGACAGACCGUUUGUUUGCAGUGUUUGCUGUAAAGGAUUUUCACGACAAGGGUAUUUAAAGAAACAUAUGGAUGUUCACACUGCACCAUUUAGCUGCACUGAGUGUGGUAAACAUUUUGUGAAGGAAGUCCAGUUGGAGCGACAUGUGAAGGUCCACACAGAGGAGAGGCCUUUUGGGUGUGAUAUCUGUAAAACCAGAUUUAUUCAGAAGUGUCACCUUGACAACCACAUGCGAGUCCAUUCAGGAGAGAAACCAUUUGUUUGUUCUGUUUGCAGUAAAGGAUUUUCGCAACAAGAUCGUCUAAAGAGGCACAUGCGUGUUCACACAUGCGAAAAACCGUUUGUUUGUAAUGUUUGCAGUAAAGCGUUUUCACAACAUGGGAAUCUGAAGACGCACAUGAGUGUUCACGAGGGUCGCAAGGAGUGAAUCAAAAUCCUGACGUGAGGUUUAUUAGACUGCAUUAGCAUGUCCUUAAAGAGACAUGCUAUAAGGCGUUAGCAUGUCCUUAAAGAGACAUGCUAAUGCCAAUGCAGGUUAUUAAACUGAGAAAAUACAUUUAAAUUAAAAAUCUUUAAAAAUCCUGUCAAAAAUUUAGAUGGCUAAAAGUUUUAAUUUGAUGAUCAAUAUAAUGAUUAGAAAAACCUAGAUCAGAUCAACAAUAACUGGUCUAUUCUCAGCUUUUGUAUUACAAUGAAAACUUGAUAUUUAAAAAGGCAGAAUUAUAUGUUUUCCAGCCACAGAGAAUCAUUUUAUAGCGCAAUCAGCUAUGUUCCUUGAGUUAUACAAGUACUGUACAUAACAAAUAUGACCUAAAAGAAAUUUGGCUUGGUAAUUUAACACUUUGAAAUUAGGCCUCUUUAAGAAAGUUCUGUUGUUUAAAACACCUCACCUUCAAGAAAUCAUCACAUCUCUCCUCUAUUAACCGUUUAUCAACAUUUUUACCAGCAUUGCACUGAGAAGUAGCUCCUAUAAUGAGCUCAGCAGAUGUGUAGUUCCACCAGCUGUUUGCUAAUUGCUUCUGGCUAGUCUGAAGGAGCUGAGAAGAGGAAUUAUGGGGGACCGGUACUCUGAAACAAAAGCUUGGGAUGAAUGAAUGGUUGCCACCGGAGAUUAAGAUAAUCAUACAUGGAAUAUGUAAGCAUUGCAUAUGUGAUUAUCUGGCUGAUUUAUAUUAGUAAAUCUUUGAGUUUGUAUUUUUAAUUGAGGUUGCUGCAGGUUAAAUCAUUGAAAUUGUACAAAUGAUGCAUCUCUUUACAAAAAAAUAGUCUCGUUCUCUCUCUCUCAGUUUCAUGUUAUGGAGAGAGAAAAUAUGCUUAUUAAAAUAACUGAGAACUGUUGUUAAAGUUUGUCUAAAGCCUUUUUAAUAAAAUAUGUUUAAAAGAU